CUCAAAACUACAUCGCUAAAACACGUUUUUAAUGUGAUUAAAUUUUUUCAUUUUCAUUUUAUGAAAAACUCGUUUUGUAACACUUCACAAGUGCUUUACAGUAAAUCGUUUUUCAUUUAGUUUAUUUCCAUCUGAAUUCUAAUUCUCAUUUAUAAGUUUUAAACAAUACAUUUUAAACAAAUAUGUAUUAUUGAUUGUUUAGAGAGCCUGUUAUACUUUCAACAUCAAUCAUUUCAAUUGUUUGGUUUUAGUUGCUGUUAAGUAAAAGUAAAAUACCUACUAUACAUUAUUUUCUAAUUAAUCCAGAAUGUAUGAAUUUAAUAAUUAAUGACAAAUUACUAAAAUAAAUAAAUAAGUAGGUGAACAUGAUAAAAACUGUUAAAAAUAUGGGCUUUCAAUACAAAACUGAAAGUAUAAUUUUUUCCGUUUCGUUUGUACUGAUUAUACUGUUCUCUAAUAUUUAUUAUUCAAUACUCUGCCCUCCUAAGCAAAAACACCAAAAGUUCAAACAAAUUUAAAAAUGAGAUAUACACCAAAAUUUAGACGUUUUAGGUCAAUAUGCUGUAAUAUCUGAAAUAUUCUAUAAUUCGACUAGUAAUUUUGAUGAAAUGCCGUAAAUGGUCCAAAAAAUGCAUUUUGACUAGGUAAAAACGCUGUAUUAUAACAAUGCUAAGCAAAAACGCCGUGUAUAUUAAGAUACGGCAUUUUUACUUAGUAAGUAUAUAAUAAAAAAAAAUAAUUUGCGGCAUUUAGACUUAGUACAGAUUGUCAUUUUACUUAUUGUAAUAUUGUAACCAAUAAAUCAUCAAAAUAUAAUAAUAUAGAAACUUUACAAACGAUCCAAUAUCGGUUAUUUGUUAGUUAUUUAUACGAUUAUCUAUGGAUUCUAUUCAGUACAAUUCUAUAAUAUACCAAUUAUACUAUGAAUCAAUUUAAAAAGUUAAGUAAGUACUUCAGAAUUUAUUUAUUUUUAUUCCAUUGCAUUAAUCAGGUAAAAUACCAUUUGAAAAUACUUACCAUACUUUGAUAAGUAAAAUGUUAGUGGUAUUAUGAAUUUUAGAAAAUCCAAAUUAUAAAAACCCGUUUUUCUCAAAAAUGUUGUCUAAUAACUUACGGCGUUUUUACUUAUAAGGGCAGUACUGUAAUCCAUAUAAAAUAUUAUUGUAAUCGCAGUGGUGUUUAUUUUCUAACUUUUAAUAAAUUGAACUAUUGUUAUAUCGUUUUAAAAGCCUAAAGUAAACAUUUUUCUUUAUUGCACUGCCUAUUACUUUUUUUUUUAAAAAAAAUAAUUUUGACUUUGAAAACAUAUAACAUUUAAAAUCAUAGUCUGACUUUUUUUUUUCUAGAACAUUUUAACCACAUACUUCUUUAUAAUUAUUGGUAUACCACAUUGAAUAGUAUAUUAAAUAAAACAUAUUUGUAUAAAUUGUAAAAAGUUUAAAAUUAUAUUGACUAUACUUUAAAUUGUAUUACUUUUAUUCUUGAUAAAUGAUAAAAUAUAUGAUAACAACAAGAUAUAAUUUAGAAAUUGUUUUUCUUCAUUAUUUUGAGUUUUCUUUUAUGAGUAAUAAUAUCCUGUUUAUCUCUUGAUAUAUUAGUUGUACUUUUUUCUAAAAUGUACAGUGAAAUUGAAUAAAAAAUAAUAAUUCAGAAUUUUGACUUAACCUAAACUUCUAUUGGAACAUAAUAUACCUUUGUAUUAUAUACACUGAAAAAAAACCGUAUUUUUACAUAUCUAGGUGUUUGAAUGUUUUUGGACUUUAAAUUUUAAACAAAAUAUAAAAUGUCUCAAGAUAAUAUAAUUUUUUUAUUACAGUAAUACCUAAUCAAUAUAACUUUGGAUUAUACAAUAAGCUAUAUAUCUAAAUAUAUAAUAGGUAUUUAUUUAUUUAUUAUACUUAUAAUUUCUAGAUUUCAUAAAUGGUGGUUAAAGAUAGGGAUUAGGAAUAUUGAUUAAUGUGCUUAAUAUUGCAAUUUUUAAUAAAAUAUACCCUCUAAGGGAUUCUCAGAUACACCAAACUAUCGGAACUACUAGAUAGUCUAGAUAGUUUCAAACUAUUUAUUUACUCUGUAGUUUUUAACGUUUAUCGAGUAGUUCAUUCUAUUGAUAAUAUCUAUUCAGUUGAAAAAGUACUCAGUUGUUUAUAAACUAUUGAUAGUCAAAAACACUAGGUUGUUUUUUUAAACCAGUCAGUGUCCAAUACUACUGAAAGAAAACUAUCGGACUAUUGAGCUUUUUUUUUAUUGAUAAUAAUAUCUAUCUACUUGAUUAAAUACUUGUUUUUUUUUUUAAAUCUUAGCAGUCAAUUGGUGCUACUACUGAAUGAAAACUACCGACUAAUUUAUUUAAUAGUUUUCAAAACAAUUGAUGGAUAAAAAUAUCUAUUCAAUCGAUAAAUCACUUGGUUGUUUUUUAAACUAUCACUAGCUAAAACUAGUAUGUUUUGACCAUCAUUAGUUAAUGUUUGUAUGGUUCUUUCCUUCCCGCUUGUUAUGUUGUAAACAACUGAUUUAAAUUUCCCUGACCCGCCAAUAACACUUCAUGUCCAUUAUCACACACUUAUACCACAGAAUAUAUUUAAUUAAAAGGGAUACUCUCAAUGUAAAUAAAUUUUGCCGUUGUCGAUUUUUCAAGAGUUUUUUCAGCCAAUUGAAAAAACUGGAAAUGUAGGUAUUAAUUGAAAAAAAUAUUUCAAACAUUUUUGGUGACAUCAUGGUCAUUUAAUCUAUAAAUAGUAAGAUUGUGUACUUGCAAUUUUUGUCUAUAGUUCAUUGCUGAUAGAUUAGUGAGUAGACAUAAAAGUACACUAUCCUAGUCUAUUUAAUAACAAUUUUGGUAUUACUAGCUAAGGUUUUUUGAUAAUUCUUUUCUUUUAGAGUUCAAUUCUUCUCCUGUUCAAAUGAUCAUUAUAAUAUUGAUAUUCCUGAACAGUUUCAUUUAUAUGGUAAUAGCAAAUAUCAUGUAUUGAUAUUUUAUCAGAUUUCAAUGUGUUAAAAAUAAAGUUUUUGAAGCUGAUAAAAACCACUGUUCAUUAAUCCAAGCUUUGUAUACUCAACAUAUAUCAGAUAGUGAAAACAAGUUGACUACCAUUUAUUUCUAUAUAUUAUUUUAUUUAUUUUGGUUUCCUAUACUAAUAAUAUAUAUAUAAUAAUAAUGGCUAAGGACCAUGGAUUAUAAUACAAGUCAUUCCUUGAUUUUGCUUAUUUUCUCUAUGUUUUUCAUUUUUCUAGGUCUUGUUUAUACUUUAGAAUAUUCAAUAUUAGUAUUUUGAGAAUUAUUUGUAUUAUUAUCUAGUAAGUCAUCAGCUUCUAUUUCUGAAUCAGAAUUUAAUUUGCUUUAGUCCAAUGUUUAAAGUUGUCUAAACCCAGUUAAAGUAUACUUAACAAAAAAUGUACAAAAUUUUGUUUAAUAUCUUAUUCUUUUAGAUUCUGAGUGUAGCGAAGGAUGUAUUGAUUAGAUGAAAAAAUAUAUAAUAGUAAUAUGUAUAAUGUAUAUCACCUUUUUCAAUCAUAAUAAUAAUUUAUAAUAGGUUGUUUUUAAUAAAAGUAAAUUAAAUGAUUAUCAAUACAAAACAUAGGGAUAAAAAUAACUCUAAUAUCAACCAGAAUCACAGAUAUAUUUAAAAACUAGAUAGCACAUCUAGACAACAUGAUAUAAAUAUUGUCUAAGUGACAAAUCGCAAUGAGCAUCAUAAUUAUAUACAUUGUUGUACAUGAAGUCAGCUAUCUAGCUUUUAUAUGUAUCUAUAGCCAGAAUAUAGACAAUUAUCUAGAUAAUAAAAAUUUUAUCUUAGAGAAGUACUUAGAUAACCUGGUAAUUUAUCUAUAUAAAAGAUGACCAAAAAUAUAUCUAGAUAAGUCACAAUACUACUCAUGAGUACUUCAAAAUAUUCUUGACACAGAAGGUUUUUCAAACUUAUUAUAAAAUUCUCUACACAAUUAUUUUUUAUUUAUUUUUCCAUAAAAAUAGCAUGUCAGAUUUUUUAUCAUAAUGUAGUUAAGUAACCUAAUCCAUAUAUAGCAUAUCAAUAUCUCUUGAGUUUUUUGCACUCUUAGUCAUUUAACUAAAUUAAUAAUUAUACUUUUGUAAUAAAUUAGUACCUACAGAAUUUAACCAAAAAUCAAUUUUUUAUUUAUGUUAUUUCAUAUUUUACAGAAAUAAUAUGGCAUCAAAAUAUAAUGGAUUUUUGAUUUUUGUGAACAAUUAUAAAAAAAAAGAAAUAGAAAAUGGAAAAAAACCUCCACAUUUUAAAGCUCUAAUCAAUAUUGUAACACCAAUGUGGAAUGUAAGUAGUAAAAUAUAAAUUGUUGUAGUGUGUCAAAGUGACUAAAUUUAUUUUAAAAUAUCUGAAUAAAUGCUAAACAAAUUUUUAUUCUGUGGUCAACUUUUUUAUCAGAAAUCUUGCUCCUAUUUUCAAUUAUAGUACAUUUCCUAAUAGAUAAUUUCUUCUGGGUGGUACUUAAGAGUUUUCAUUUUUUUGAUUUUACAAAGGGCUUACAUAAUAAUUGGGAAAAUCAAUAAAAAUUACAAAAUUUAUUAUUUUCAAUUUUAUUUUUUUGUUGUGAUUCAGUUCAAAUGUUCAGUUCAAAGGCAUUUCAAAUUUUGAUAGAAAACUCAUAUUUGUCUUUUCUACACAUGGUAAAUUUUUUAAAGCACACAAGUUAUUUUUGAACUACUUAUAGUCAUUUCAAUUUUGCUAGGUUUUAUUACAUAUAUUUUAUAUGGUAUAUACUCUGUAGCAAAAAUUGUUAGACCAAAGGAUGUUUGUCAAUUAUUUAUAUUUAUAUUAACACUAAUAAAAAUAUAUAUAUAUAUAUUACAUUUCUGAGAUGUCUGAGUUGAUAACAGACAUAUACCACCAUUAUAAUACUACUGUAACUUACUGCAAUAUUGAAACUUCAAAAAGCUAUAGUUUCGAAACUUAAGUCAGUACCCUCUAUUUUGACUAUGCCAUCAUUCUUAAAUUUGCAAUAAACAUAUGUUCAAAACUAAUUAAAUUGAAAAAUUUGUAUGGAUCAGUAACUAAAUCUGUUCAACAUAAUUUUUUACUCAAACAAUUUUCAUCAAAAUUUGAUACUUAUUAAAAUUCCUAAAUAAAAAAAAAAUGCGAUACAAAGACGUUUAAUUUAUAAUUUAAUCAGUGACUGACUUGUAGCCACAUAUGUGCAGAUAUUUUGUUUUGUAAAUUAUAUACAUUUAUUGUAAAAUUUCUAUUAUUUAUCUAUUUGAUUAAUCCUUGUAAUCCUAGCCCUGUGAUUGAUGGUUAAUCAAUCUUUUACUGUAUUUUACUUUUUAUCUAUAAUUUUAUUUUGGUUUUUAUCAAUUAUCUUAUAUAACAUCUUAGAAAAUAAUAAAAUAAUCUUCCCUAUGCACAAACCAGUAAAAAUUACCUUUCAGAAAAAGUGCCAUAGUCUAUAUUUCGGAGCAAGUUGUCUGUUAAUAAACAGAAAAAAAUAAAACAAAAAUGUAAAAACAAUUUUUUUUUUUUAUAAGAAUGAUUAAUACAGAUAUAUGUACAUUAAAUUACUCUCUAUAUCCUACCUUCCAAUUUUCUCAUCUACAACAAUGGCUCACCCAUCAUAUUUCUUAGAAUAACUUUGAAAUUUUUUGUUUCACUAUACAUUCUAGGAAUUAACUGCUGAAGAAAAAAACAAUUAUAAAAAAAUUGCUGUGGAAUUAAAUUCAAAUGAAAAAAAAAAGAAAGAUGCACAACAACCUAAACAGAUUAUUGAUAUGCAUAAAAACUCUUCUAAUUUUUAUGAGAUGCAAAGAUUUAUAACAAAAUUAUUUAGAUCAAUUUCCAAUAAAAAUGGUAAAAAAAAUUGUAUUUAUUUUGUGUUUUGUAUUCACAUAUUUAUGUUAAUGUUCCUCUUAUAUUAUAUAGGCAAAGUCAGACAUUUUUAUAAUCCUUUGCCUAAAUAUCCUUAUGUUUGUAUAGUAUUUUGAAUACUAUUAUGAAUAGAUGGACUUAUGGAAGUUAUUUAGAUAUUUGAAUAACAAUAAAAUAGUCAAUUUGGACAGUCCACUUGUUUCAGAAAAUGUAAAAAUAAAUUUUGAAUUUGAAUUUAUAUUUAUAUUUCUGAUAUCAUAUACUAAUAGUCAGUUUUGGUAUAGGUGUUAGCAAUGGAUUUUGGAUUUUAAAUUAAACACUUAUUAUAAACUUUUCAAUAGUAAAUAGGUAUUAUAAAUUCACUUAUUUUAGAUAUUACCUUCACUAAAAACAAAGCAAAGUUUAUAUCAAAUCAAACGAUAUAAUAAUCAUUUAAUCGUAUAAUAAUAAUUUUUAUUCUGAAGACAAGAAUAAAUUUAAGUUAUUCUGCAUAAUGUAACACAUUCAUUAUUUCGGAAAAUAUACAUUUUAUUCGGAAUUUUUUUUUUAGAAUUAAACAACUAUAAGUUUAAAUAAAUUUUGAUUAUGUUAACCUAACCAACAUUUUUAAUUUCAGUUAACUUGGUAUCUAGAUAUUCCACUUAAGAGUUUGUAGUUAGGUGAGAUGAUUUGAACACAUUCACCACAACAAAUGAUGCUGCACUGCUCUCUUCCUCUCAAUACUUUAAAGUGGAGUAUCUCAUCCAUCAGUUGGCAAACAUUAAAAAUGUUAACAUGAAAAUCUGUUAAACUAAAACAUCCUAGAGAUGUAUGGAAUUUUUAACAUUAUAUAUCGCUAUCUGAAAAAUAAAAAAUGGAUGAUGGUUCCACACCAUUAAAAUAAGGUCAACAAACCAUAAUAGUAGUGUAACUGCUUUUAAUAAUUAACUACAAAAAAGUUAUUCCUUCUAAGAUAAUGAGUGUCUUAUGGUAUGUUGAUCAUUUUUUAUAUCAUUAUAUAGCAUAUUUUAUUAUUUAAUAACUUAUAAAAAUAAAAUGAGUAUGUGAGGAAAAUGUUCCUUGGAGAAACACAGGGGUGGGGUAUUAUACAAGCCUUGAAUAUGUUACAUUAAAAUGCAUAAUGCAUAAUUUCUUUGGUUAAUUUCUUUAACUUCAAGGCAUGGAUUGAGAUAAAAAUGCCUUAGGGUAUUAGCAAAAAAGCAUUAUUUUCUGAUUUAAUUGAAUUAAUUAUUUUACAAUUUUGAACAAAUUAUUUAUAGAUGUAUAAAUGCAUAUUUGAAUCCAUUAAUUGAUAUUAAUUUUAAAUGUUUGUUAUUUUAUGCAGUGUUUUUGAUGAAUAAUUUUUUUUUUUUUUUUUCUACCAAUAUACAACAAUAUUGUUUUAAGUAUUUCCAUUGAUAACUACUUCCAAGGAAGAAAUGAUUAACAUUUAUACUAUUUGUAUGCUAGUGAAUUUUAACAUUGAAUAAUUGUAAUUAUUUGUAUUUCAGAACUACUAAACAAAAAUUUCAUACUGGUACACAUAAAUUCACAUACGCAUUAUGGGGAACAUUAUUAUUUUCCAGCCGAGAUAGCUGCUUUAGAAUUUAAUUUAAAAGAUGGUGCCAAACAUACAUAUCAUCAAAUUAUUGGUCUCUGUAAGUAUCAUAAUAAUAACACAUACUGGAGUGAUUUAUAUUAUGUGACUUGUAAUCAUUAUUAAGUCAAACUGGUCUAUACAGGAUAGUACAAGAUUGCUAAAAAGAAAAUCACAAAAACACAAAUAAUUAAUUCUGAGAUAAUGAUUUUCUUACAGAUUGAUCACCUUGUAUGUUUUUAUAUGUUAAAAAAAAAAAAAAAAGAUUAAUAUGUUAUAGCCAGCAUUCCUAUUUUCCUGUUUUUCCUUUAGUUUCCAGUUUUUUUAAAUUUAUUGGAAAAUCAAAAAUGACCUCCUACAGUACCUUCUCAGUUUUUUUUUUGAAAAAGUGUUGGUAGAAAAGUUGUCCACAAAAAAAAACUUUUUUAAAACUAAUACAUUCCGGCUCCAUUCAGAAUUUUAUCGAAUUAUUUUAUAUUCAUAAUUUUUGCAAUGUUAGAUAAUUGUAUUUAUAAGUUAAAUCCACUAAUGGUGGCUUUUAAUAAACCCAUCUAUUAUUUUUCUUUUUUCAACAUUUUUUGUGAAUUUUAAGAGCGUAUAAAUCUAGUCUAUACGACUAUAAAUAAUUAUCAAAUUAAAAAUUUCUGAAAUUGUUUUAUUUAUUUGUCUAGCCAAAAUUUAUCCUAGAGGUUAUGCUGGUGGUAUGAGAGAAUAUUCAGAUAAAUUUCACCGAAUAUCCUGCUGGGAACCUCACCCUGAUGACUAUGAAAAAAUAUUAUCGGAGUUUGUAAAGUUUAUUGAAGUAAAUAUCAUACAUAGAUUUUUAUAUUUAUUUAUUAUAAUUUUAAUAUGUAUUUGUAGAAAGUAAAAGAUGCUGAAGAUACAUGUGAAGACUUGCCAUACAUCUACACUAUAGAAACAGAAAUUGGUCAUAAUAUGAUGCAAACUAAACAAAGUCUAGACCAACUAUACAGAACAGUGUAUCCAGAAAAUCCUGGUAAUAAUAUAAUAAUAGGAUAAUAGUAGGGAAGGUAGUAGAAGGGGAAUUCCUAUUAUUGUUUUUUUGGUAUUUCCCAUUUUUUCAGAAAACUAAAGAAAAUCAAAAAAAAAAAAUGAUAUAUCAGUACCUCUUUAGUCCAAUUUUCUUUUAAAAAAAGUGUUACACUUAACAAUCGGAACAAGAUUUUUGGUAGGAAAGUUUACCAUAAAAAAAAAAUAAUAAUCAUCAUUGAAUAAAACCAUAAGCUUCUUUGCUCCACUCAGAAUAUAAAAUAACUUGUUGCACUUCUGAUUUUGGUAAGAAUGUAAAAUAUGGGUGAGAUUAGGUUAAUAUUAGUGAAAUCACUGAUUAAUCAUAGCAAUAAAAUGAUUCUGGUAAAACCUCACAAUAUUAAAAAAAAAUCUUUAUUCAGAACUAUGCAUUACAAACAAACAAUUAAUUAUAUUGAUAAAGAUAAUAAUAAUAAUAAAAGACUUCCUAGGAUAAUAAGAAUGGGUGCAGCCACUGUUAUAGGUAAUUUAAAGUAUAUAUAUAAGCAAUGAUAAACCAUUACUAAUGAAAAAACAAUUCUUAGAGCAGUUCAAUUGAUAGUGAUGAUUUGUCAACAAUAUAUGUCAUAUUAUAGUAAAAUAAUUAAAUUGGCUCUAUAUAUUUUCUUUAAUAAUAUUUAUUUUAUGUUAUACCGAUUUUUCCAUUUAUUAGGAAAAUUCCUGGGAAAAUCGAAAAUUACCUCCCCAGUACCUUCCUAGUAAAGUACCUUCCCAGUCAGAUUUUCUUUAAGAAAAAUGCUACCAUUUUAAAUCAAAAUUUAAAGCAAAAUUACUCCAGAAAAUUGUAGAAAAGUUGUACACAGAAAAAAAAAGGCCAUAAUAUUUUUUACUAAUACCUAUAUUUUGUACAUUUUUUAUUUUUCCAAAAUUUAUCCUUUACACUUGAAAACUUAAUAAACGGCCUCACUAAAUUGUUAUAGAGUAAAACUUCCUUUUUUAUUUCUAUUUUUUCUAAAAUGUUAUUUUUAAUAAUAAUAAUUGUUACCUAUUUAACACCCACAUCACUUAAUGGUAUUCAAGUUUAUUUAAAAAUGAUUUGAUUAUUGUUUAAGCAUUGGGUAUCCAGAAGAAUAUUUCAAAUUAAGUUCAGGUGGACUGAAAAAUCAGCAUAUUUUAGUGUAUAGUUGUAAAAUCUAUUAACUAAUCAAAUAAAAAAAAAAAAUAGAUUGCUCCACUAAGUAUCUAAAAAGUAUAAAAUACAAUUCAUGUGCCCUUAAAUUCAUACUAUAGUUAAAACUUGUGCAGUAUGUUGAGCAAAUAGAUUCAGCCAAGGGAGUAGUAUCACUCUGUGUUCUUAUAUAUAACGAAGUAUAGAAAAUCUGGACUUGAAAGUUUAUUUUAAACUAUGUUUUAGUUGUUAUAUGUCCAAUAAAUUUAAAAAAGAGAUACUUUUGUUUAACAAAGAAUUUAAAGUAUUAUUUGAUUAAAUUAUAUUAUUUUUUAUUUAUAUAAAAGUUUAUUACUGAAAAUUUUGCUUUAAUGUAUCAAGUGUUGUACAUUUUCUGAAAAGAAAUUUUAUAUGAGUGCUAACUCAUAUAAAAUUGGUUAUUUCAAACCUAUUUUUAACUAUUUUAAAUGGGUUGCUUCAAAUAAGUUAUAAUUAUGUGUACAGAUAUACAUAAAAUUUCCCUCUAUAUCCUACCUUCUCAGCAUCUCAUAUAAACAGUGGCCCACCCAUCCUGUAAAGUAUGUCAGUCUUUUUUAAUUUUUAAAUAUUAAAACAUUGUAAUAUUUUAUGUUAUUCUUACUCAUAAUUAACUUUGAAUACCUAAUUAUAACUGAAUUCAUUUUUUUCAUGAUAAUAAUUAUAUUUUUUUACUAAUAUUAUUACUAAAUUUUUAAUGAAACUCACUUAUGAUUAUAUUUAUUUUUAUUUUGAUAUUAAAUUAUUGAGUUAUUUAAAUUCUUUUAAAAUGUUAAUUAAAAUAUUAUUUACAGAAGCAGUCAAAAAUACCAAACCGAUAUUUAAUAUAGGGAGUCUUGAGAGAUUAUUUAAUGAAUUAAUGAACAAAAUGGAAAUUGAAAGACCUAUUACAUCAUCCAAGACAGCACAUGAUAUUUUAGAAAGUGACAUGUAUGGAAGUGGACUGGGUUGUAUGGUAUGUAUUGUAUACUAAAUGUAGACAACUAAUGUUAUUACUAUUUAUUAUAUACACUGUACCUAUAAAGAAAAUUGUAUAACAAUUGUGUUUUAUCUAUUUUAAUUUUUUUUUUUUUUUUUUUUAAAUACUUUAUUUAUACUUUUCAAAUUUUUUCUUUAAAAACUUUUUUAAAAUCUUGAUUUAUGUUCAUGACAACCUAUAAAUUUAAGCAUAAUAUUUAUGAAAUCUCAAUAAUUAUAGCCCAAUAAAUGUUAAUAGUAAAAUGUGCAAGUAUAGUAUAAUAAAUACUAAUUUUUAUUCUAUCCAAAUUAUUAAUUAUGAGUAAAUUAAUGAAAACUCAUACUAGGGUAUAACAUUUUUAAUUAACUGCUAUUUUGUAUUAGCCCAAUCAUUAAAUUGAAUUAAUUUUAUAAUAUUUUUGGUGUUUAGUAUCAUGAGGUGAGAGAUAUUGCAUUCAAGUGUUCCAAAGCUCGUGUUCUUCAAUGGAUGUCCAAUAUGUGCUUAUUCAUUCACAAAUAUUCAGGUUUACAUAUUAGACCUGGUAAACACAUGGCAAUUCAACUAAAAAACGGAUCAAAGAUGGUAAGGCUAUCUUUGUUAUUUAUUUGUAUUUAUUAUUUAAAUAUAAAUUUUAUUUUAUUUAUUUCAUCUAUAUUCUUUUGUUUUAAGAUGAUUGAAAAUGAGGAUGUACCUUUAUCUAAAUUUAAUUUAAAAUAUGAAAUUUCACAAUCUACUACAACUCAGAAACCUAAUAAUCAUUUGUCAUAAGAGAAGCAAACUUCUUCUGAAUUAAAAGUAAUGAUUAAUUAGAUAUUUUAUGAUAAUUGUAUCCUCAAAACUGUGUGGUGAAACCUUUACUGAAGGGAGGAUAUUAAAAAUAAAAAGUUCUUAUUUCGAUGCAAAAAUUAGCAGUUUGGAAAAUAUUUUUCAGAAUGUAUACUGACAAGUAUGAGAUCCCCCCCCCCCCAACCGGAAAGUAUUUUUUUUAUUAAUUUCAAAAAAUGUUUUACAUUAUUUUGUAACUUACUGAAUGAAUAUACUGAUUGAUCUAAGGAUCAGAUAAGAGUUCUUAAAAUAGAAUUGAAAUUUUUGUUAAUUCUACUUGAUAGGGAUUUUCACAGAUUCUUGAUUUUAUACUUAUAAAUACAAAAAAUAAAUAAUAAAUUUAUAUUUUAAUUUUUAACGUAAAAUUAAUAAGAUAUAUAAGUCAAAUUCAGUUGCAUACAAUGAAAAUUUAAAUGUGUUCUUAGAAUUUGUAUUACUUCAUUGAACUAAUUAGUAUAUUUUAAUGAAAACAUGUACCUAACAUGUCUAAAUCCAGUCUAAUUAACAUUGAUUUUAAAUAGUACUAUUUAAAAUCAAUAAAGAUAAUUUAAAAAUUGUUAUUGUCAAUUGAUUAAUUAUAAUAAUUAUUAAUAAACUAGAGAAAUACUCAGUUUCUCUAAUAUAUCUGUUAUUAGAAUAUUUUACAAUUUAUAAUAUAAUCUGGAUUAUCUGAACUAAGACCAUACUUAUACCUAUUUUGGAUACUGGGAAUUUUUGAAAAUUUUUGCAAUACAUAUUCAUUUUAUUGGUUUCAUCUGUGUCCAGUUUAACAAAAAUUUCUAUUUUUGUUUUAAUGUAAGAACAUUACAUUUAUGUUUAUUAGAUGUUAAAGAUGAUCUCAUUUUUAAUAUAUAUGUAUAAAAAUGUGUAGAAAGCCAAAUAUUAUAACGUUUAGAUAACAUAUUAUUUGGAUAUAUCAAUUUAUACAUAUUGAGUUAAUAAAGAAUCGAUAUGAUAUACCGAAGGUUCAGAUAAUCAAGAUUCAACAGUAUUGUGUUAUAAUAAUCUAAUAUCAAAUUAUUUGAUACAUUUUAAAAAUAUUCUUCUCUGUUAAAACAGUUUUUUUUAUUGUAUUUUUUGCACCUUGCAGUAUGAUGGUUGACUAUCAAAUGAUCAAUGUAAUCCAUAAGCUGUCAACAAUUAAUGGUUUGUUAAUUUUGUAAAAAUAUUUUAAAGGCUUUUUAUUUUAUGCCAAAAAAGUUUUCUUAUAAAUAUUUAAUUGAAAAUAAAAUAGAAUGAAACUUAUUUGGCACAAAAUAAGGAAUAUUAACUGUAAGUACACAAUAUACCUAUAAUUAAGAUGUUUAAUUAAUGAUUUUAAAUAAUAACUAAAUUCUAAUUGAGAAAUAUAUAAUAUUCAACAAUAUUGAAUAAUAUAAUAAUUAUAAUAUUAUAAAAUAACAGUUUAUUAAUUAUUUGUAUAUCAAUUUAUUUUCUAAUUUUAUUUUUCCUCCAAUAUUUGCAAUUCAGUUAAAUUGUAUUGUAUGUUAAAAAAGUUUUCAAGCUCUAUUAUAUAUAUCAGAA